UUUGUGAAGUGACCGUGAUUUUGGUAGUGGAUAAACUUGAGGAGAGGCAGGAAAGGAAAGAUAUAACCCCACCUUGCCUCCUCUCUCUACUCUGCUCUGCUCUGUUCUGGGUAGUAGUGUGGGACUUUGUGGAGAUCUCAGAUCGGGUGACAAAAUGCUAGGGGGAAUCCACAAAGUGCUGUCUCAUGGGAACGUCCUCAAACAUGCUGUCCUGCAACAUAUCCGCUUGGUGAAUCCAGUAAUGCGCCCACUUUUCUUCCCUCGCUAUGAGUCAGUUGCUUCUGCUCGCUUGGAAGAUGCUGGUUUUGAAAGCACCACCAUUGCAGACAUCUUGAAAGCUAAGGGUAAAAGUGCAGAUGGCUCCUGGCUUUGGUGUGCUACAGAAGACACUGUUUAUGAUGCUGUGAAAUCGAUGACAAGCCACAAUGUUGGAGCGUUAGUUGUUGUAAAACCUGGGGAGCAAAAGUCAAUUGCUGGGAUUAUCACAGAGAGAGAUUAUCUCAGGAAGAUCAUAGUACAGGGAAGAUCAUCCAAGUCAACCAAAGUUGGGGACAUCAUGACUGAGGAGAACAAGCUCAUCACAGUCACACCGAAUACCAAAGUUCUGAAGGCAAUGCAACUGAUGACAGAUAAUCGCAUCAGGCACAUUCCAGUGAUUGAUGACAAGGAAAUGAUAGGAAUGGUGUCAAUUGGAGAUGUGGUUCGAGCUGUGGUGAGUGAGCAUCGAGAUGAGUUGAACCGCUUGAAUGCAUUCAUUCACGGAGGAUACUAGAUGAUGAUGAAAACGAUGACAAUAACCUGUUGGCCAGUCGAGUGAUGGUAUUUACAGUUUGAAAACCACUGAGCUGAAUGCUUGUAAAUAUAGUAGUGUGUUGUCUGCAUUGUGCAUCUCUCUCUAGUGUUUUUUGUUCUUCCCAUCUGCUGAUAUGUAGGAUGAUUGCUAGAAUCAUUAGCAAGAACUUGUUGUUAACAAUAAGAACCUAAAUCUUGUUUCUUCAUACUUUGAUGCACAUGUAUCAAUCGAUAGGUUAACCUGAGAA